UUGCUGGAGCGUAGCUGUUCGCCGUGAUUAUGAGAAAUUUAUUGAUAGCUCGUGCGAUAUAAAAAUAAAUAUCUUUCGCUCUCCGGCGCGGCGUUUCGCUUUCGGUUUCUCUGCAUAAAGUGAUGAGCCAGCACACGGCGAUGCCGAUGACUGCUGGCCGCCAAUCGUUGUCCGCGCCGACGGAGUUACCGCGAUUGUGUGUGCCACCCGGCUACGUUCGUGCGUGCCAGGGAAUAUUUUGUAAGAUGCGGAUUCGUCUCUCAUGGCGAGGGAGCCUUCGUCGUGAGAUUCAUCCACUUUUCGCACGGGCUACAGAGUUCGGAGUUCGUAGUAUCCAUUCGCGGAUUACGUAAAUUCGUAAAAGAAAUUGUAGCGAAAACAGAGCAAUAUAAGGGAAGGCGAGGAAGGAGCGAGAUGAGGAGGACAUCGUUCGAUAAACGCAAUAACGCGAAGUGGAACGUUUUGAGCAGCACGUAUAGUUCGUACGGUGUAGCAGGAAAUUCUAAAGAUGCGGAAUACGACUACAGCGUGAAUUACAGUAGUAACGUGCAAGAGGGUAAUUAUCUGCAGCGGAGCAUUUCCGCGGACAAUGUUGUAAUACGUUCGCGCGGUUUCAAGCCGUCAGACAGGCACGAUCCGGUGAAGAGGAACUUUCUUGAGCAUCUCACUUCGAAAAUACUACAUUUCGACAUGGAGAGUAGCGAAAGUGCGCCGGUCAAUUUGCAAAAAUUGCUUACGCCCGCCCAAGAUACGCAGGGACUCAUGCAAUCGAAGAACAGGAAGAUGUUUGCAUCUUCGUAUUUUUAUGCGCCGACGCAUCCGACUGUCGAGGAUCAAGUUGAACUUGCUCGGCGGAUUUCGCAUUCGCUGAGCGAUGUGAAAAAUAUGAAGAGCAAGGGUCAAUCAAUGUAUGUAAAUAGAAAGAAGAGAUCGGUGAAAUGGAUCCACGAUGGUAACGGCAUAGAAGAUGCAGACGAAUCUUUAACUCCUAUUCAUAGAGACAAAAUUCCUUUGAAAUGCAUGAUGAACCCAUACGGGAAGGUGUUGGAUAUUCACGGUAUUCAAGCAUUAGGCGAAGAAGUAAAUAUUCAGCCGGUACCAAAGAAUCCUGAGAAACUUUUCGAUAUCGUUCGCGAUUUGAAUAAUCAAAGAGGACGCGGUGCCGAGAUAUUCGCGAAACGCAGGAAAAGAUCUGAAAAAUGGGUUGUAGAUAAAGAACAGCCACAAACGCCAGGCACACCUGGCACCCCGAAAAUGUAUACAGGAAAACCGGAAAUGAAUGGCAGUUCAAAGUGCUCGGGCUUACCUCCGUUCGCCUCGACGCUACCUGAGCCAGCUGUGGAGAAACCGUUUUACAAUCCCUUUACGGUGGACCUGUCCUUAGGCGACGCGAACCUACCGACAACAGGCAGGAAUCAAUACCGAUGUAACGGUAACGAAUGCAGCCAUAGUCACUGCGAAGUGAAAAAGAUUUAUUUAAGGGAAGUGGCCGUCGGUACCGAUAACGAUUUCCCUUACGACAAACCACGAUCGAUAGUCGAGAAAUCACGCCGGAUCACGUUCGAACCCGACGUCGAACGGCACAACUAUUACAGAAACGGCACUAACGAAUCAUCGUUCACUAACAGGCACAAUUAUAAUAAUUCUAACAAGGCUUCUAGCAAAUCUAAUUACUUUAACGCGCAGCACGUCGCUAACAAAAAUUAUAUAAAGGAGCAACGGGUCGCAGAAUGUGUAAAGAGCACGAGCACCGAUAAGGAUAACAAGUUUGUAAAUAAUCAAAGAGAGAUCGAUAACGAAGAGACUGAGUACACGCCGGUCCCCGUUAAACAGUUGAUACAGGAAUUCGAGAAAACGUGCAGACCGGUCAUGCAGUACAAACAGAUCAGUCCAAGGGUCAUACCAAUCAUACAACAAUCGCCUCUCGAUAACGAUAUUACGCGAUUCUUUGAGACGCGAAACAGUGUUAAGUACAACACCGAGGAGGAACAUAGGAGAAUAGCCGAACGACAGAGAUACGAAGAGUUGGUAAAUCUUCAAGAGCAGCGUAACAAUGGCUACGUGUCCACCGACGAGACCGAAUACACGACCGACGAGACCGAUUCUCAGAUGAACGAUUACAGCGAGGAGAUGACGUAUCGCGAGAAAUCGGAAACGUUGAGCUUGAUGAAUGGCGAACAGGACUACUCGUCGAUGUUCCGCGAGGAGGGCGCCGGCCGACGCCGGUCGGUCACCUCCGAGGAGGUCGAGAAUUUCUGCAACAACGAGAACGGGAAAUAUCUGAAUACGGAUUCGCAAGUGCCACCCGAGGCCAAGUCUCUGUUACUCUCGAUGAUCGCCUCUCAAAAGGAUAUCUUGCAGACUAUCAAGAAUUUGCGUAACACUCCCGUUCUGGACAAUCUUUUACACGGCCUCUCGCCGGACUUGAAGUUCACGGACAUUUGUCCGGACGUAGGGAAGAAAUUGUACGAGAGCGAGAAUAAUACGUACGCAGGGCCCAAAAUAGCUAGCGUCCACAAUCUACCGACUUACAAUACCGCGCCCCGAGGCUGGGAUCAAUCACUACAAUAUUACAGACCAAUAAAAUUCGAGAAGCCGCAAGAGAUCGUUUAUUCUGAUUUUUAGGGGUCGUCGAAAUAGUUACAUAUUUUGGGUACGUUUCGCUAAUAUGUGAUAUCGAUCGACCCUAAUCUCUCGAUAUAAAAGUUAUACGAUUAUAAGUUUUUAAAAACCUGUAUUUACAAUCUAUCUAUCGUUGAAAUUUAAUUCAUAAUGAUCAUACAAGAUAUUGUUGCGAUUAUCUUAUGCAGAGGGAUUAGGUUUGAUAAUCGCAUUCACAGAUUAAAGAGAAUCGAUAUUUUUCAGAAAUUCUAAAGUACAUUUUAAAGAAUUGUUCUUCGACUAUACCAUUGAUUAUACAAACUUACCCUUGGUUAAUUUUGAAUUCGUUACUGAUCCGAUGUCUUGUCAAAGACGAAAUGAAAAUAACGGCGCAGCGAAUGAUUCCGCCGAAAAGAAUGACAUGCAGUACGCGUAUACUUAUGUACUUUUGAAGCUUCGUUUUGCUUGAUGUAGCUACCUCUCCCUUAAGACGUUCAUCCUUAUUUAUGCUUCUCAGCAGUGUUAUUGCAUUUUACUUUAUAAUAUUAUCCAAAUAAAUGUUGUUUUCAUAACGAUAAA